GCACCAGCCCUUCAGUGAGUGAGAAUGGUGGUACAUUCCGUGAAGCAGCAAUGAUAGAUCAUCAGCUGAUGCAUUUUCACUCUGACAUACUGCCUCACUGUCUCUCCCUCACUUUGUAGGUGGAAUAAGCCUUGUUGCUAACCCUUGGGCCGGGAGGUUUAAGCAGAUGCUGAGCUCUGGAUAAACUGAGAGCGGGACAAACUGCAUUCAGAGCUGGAGUACAGUGCUGAAAUAUUAUUCAGUUACUAAGCUGAGCAGAAAAGUAAUGGCUUCAAAUUUUAAUGACAUUGUCAAGCAGGGAUAUGUGAAGAUUCGUAGCAGACGCUUAGGGAUAUACCAGAGAUGCUGGCUUGUGCUAAAGAAGGCAUCUAGCAAAGGUCCUAAACGACUGGAGAAGUUUUCAGAUGAGCGAGCUGCAUAUUUCCGAUGCUAUCAUAAGGUUACAGACCUCAGCAAUAUAAAGAAUGUCACAAGGAUACCAAAAGGCACUAAGAGGCAUGCUGUACUAAUAAUUUUCAGCGAUGAAACAUCAAAAACCUUUGCUUGUGAAUCAGAGCUUGAGGCAGAGGAAUGGUGUAAACUCUUACGUAUGGAGUGCCUAGGAAGUCGAAUCAAUGACAUUACCCUGGGGGAGCCAGAUUUGCUGACUGCUGGAGUUCAAAGAGAGCAAACAGAAAGGUUCAAUGUAUAUUUGAUGCCAUCUCCUAAUCUGGAUGUACAUGGAGAGUGCACUUUACAAAUAACAUAUGAGAACAUCUGUCUUUGGGACAUCCACAAUCCUAGACUAAAGCUGGUCUCUUGGCCUCUUAGUGCCCUCAGGCGGUAUGGACGGGACCCCACGUGGUUUACAUUUGAAGCAGGCAGAAUGUGUGACACGGGAGAAGGACUAUUUACGUUUCAAACGAGAGAAGGGGAGGCAAUUUAUCUGAAGGUUCACUCCGCUGCGCUGGCCAUAGCUGAGCAACAUGAACAGAUGCUACAGAAGGAGAAAAACUCACAGCAUCAGAUCAAAGGGAAUGAAAGGACGGCUUCACUGGGCUCAAUAAUGCCUCUGCCUCGUAGUGCCUACUGGCAACAUAUUGCAAGACAACACAGUGUAAACCAGCUUCACAUCUUUGAAGAUGAUUCUUACCCACUGAGGAUUCCACGUGCAGAAACCAUCCCCAGUUACCACUCUCAACAUUGACAUAAACUUACAAAGGGUGAAACAUUUUCUGAUGGCUUUGCUUCAAACUGUAGCACUGAAUACGCCCAAUGAAUCAAUGAGGAGGAUUUCAGGGCAAAAUGGAUUGGCGUUUUGAAUGAUAUUUGCAAUAUCUUUUGUUUUGUAAAUCCACACUUCCUCUUCAAGUGUUGGGGUGAAUGAACACAAGGCUGAACGAUUGACUUAAAUGUGGACUGAAAAGAGAGGCUGCUUUUACAAAAGCAGAUUUUUAGCUCAUGUUCCAGGAUGUACAAUGUAAUUUCUUACCAGCGAAAGCAAAUUUUUUUUUUGUAUAGCACUGUUUUGAGAAAAAGCUGUAAAUCUGCGUCAAAUUCAGUAUAAAAAUUAGCUGCAUUUUCUGAAUUAACAAACAGUUAAAGCCAAGACAUUGUACGGACCUGUGUUUGGUUAUCGAGGUGCUAAUUACGGAUUACCCUUUUUCAGUAACUCAUAAAUUCACUUUUAGACUUCAGUAAAGUAGAUUGUAUAAUUUUUUGUGCAUUUGACCAUAACCUUAAGUGAUUACACCAAAAUGUAUUCGCAAUUGGAUCACGUCUACUUACAUUUUCUUACUUUCACUCAUUGUCUGGGCAAUCGACAUAAGUGUGAUUGGUGAAACAAGACACAAAGCACUGAAUGUGGCCUCAGCAACUCAAAGUACUAACAGCAGAUUAAGAGUAUAUAUGUUCGAAAGAUGGCAGCCACAUUGAAAGGAUGACUGACUAAACUAAUUUACAAAACAGACAGGAAUAGUUAUUCAUUAUGAAGGCACAUUUAUUUCCAGAAGAACAAGGGGCGAAAAUCAGAGGUGAAACAACUGUAAUU